GGAGGGUCGAUUCCACACGACCACAGCGUCCCAUCCCACUGUUGUUCUUGCGUAGGCAACAGACCAUCAAUUCCGAGCUUGCGGAAUUGAAUCGCUCAGCAUUUUGCGACAAUACUUUGCAAUCACGAGCUUGCGCGUUCAAAGAAAAAAAAAACCUAUCACAAAAGAGCUAGCUCCCUGAGCUCUAGCUUCCAGUCGCAAUCGCCCGUGACGUCGCCAACAUGGCGCCUCAAGGUCGUAAAUCGCUGGCGGCCCCGCGCAGUACCCAGGAAAAGAUAUUUGAGCUUGGGAAGCAAGGAAGGAAAACGGGCGUGACCCUGCCCGAAUCAGGGGUACGCGACGAAAAUGGAAUCGAGUCUUUUAAGGGCAUCUUUGAUUCUCCUGGAAAGGGUAGCGUUGCAGCUGAUAGCGACGAAGAUGAGAGCAGCGAGGAGGAGGACGACGACGAGGCGGAGGCCAGCAUGGACAUGGACAUCGCAGAGACCCCUGGCCCGGAACCCCUUUCACUGCUUGCUAAGCACAGUCAGAGCUUGCGCCGACCGACAGCCAAGGCGAUAUCGCCCGCCCUCACGAGCCUGCAAUCACCACCAGUUCGCGCCGGGCAAAACUCACCCCUACGUCGUGCGCCACCGGCCGCACCAGUCAAUGGUCACAAAUCGGCUACGAUGAGGUUGAACUUCGAUGCACGGCAGCAUGGCCUUCCCAAGCCCUCUGCUUUUGGUGGCAAGGCUAUGCAGAACGGAGCGGAGUCUGAAGAGGAAGAGGAGGAGUAUGAGGAGGAAGAUGAUCAGGAUGUGGCGGGUGGCGAGGAGGACAGAGAAAUGUCCCAGGAAGAAAUCGAGGAGUUUAUCGAGGAGAGCAUGCAAAUGUUGGAUGCUGGAGAUGAUGAUGGCGAUGUUGAGGAAAGCGAGCCGGAACCGGAACCGGAACCGGCACCCAGGCCAGCGCCGGUCGCGAAGCAAGCGAAUUUGCCCAAGAAACGCGGUCGUCCAGCGAAAUCAGCCGACAGCACCUUGGAGCUGCCAGAACAGGUACAAAACGAAGACAACUCUAGAGCAACUGCGGAUUCAUCACCUCCAGUCGCCAAGAAGCGCGGUCGACCAGCUAAGGGCGGUAAGGCGAAGGAGAGUCCUGUCGCUGGCUCAUCUUCCGGAAAUUCGGCGAAAAAGCGUGGAAGAGGGGUGCGGACGUCCAACACAGACAGCAUUCCAGAGGAAGCAGAACCGGAACCCGAAAACGCACCUGCAUCUAAGCGUCAACGUGUUGCCGCUGCCCCGGCCGCCGCCAAGGGGAAGCCAGGCCGCAAGCCUGCAGUAUCUCGUGCUGCCCCGCAGGCAGGAUCCUCGACUGCGGCAGCAAAACCAGCAGGCAAAAGAGGCCGCCCAGCCAAUCGUCCUUCAGGAGAUGGAGACGGUGGUGCCGCGGACGAGUCUAUUGUCAUCAUGCCGCGACCACCGCUGCCGAAGCGUGGCGGCCUUGUCAUUAGCCGACCUGAAGAAUCAGACGGCGUAAUCCGCACACGGUCAGGGCGUAACUCAUACCGGCCAUUACAGCACUGGCGCAACGAGCGCGUCGAGUUCGAACAGGUUCCACUGGACGCCCGGCUUGGAACAUCCAAGAACCGCGACCUUCUUAUGCCAAGCAUCAAGGAGAUUGUGCGAGUGGAAGAGGAGGAGCCGCAGACUACAAGGAAAUAUGGCUCUAGGCGAGGUGCAAAGAAGGGCGGACGGGGGAGAAGGCGAACUGCCGACUCGGAAGAUGAGGAUGACGAACCUUCACCUUGGGAACAGGAUCCUGGCGAGCUGAUCGUGCCAGUCCAGCAGUGGCAGCCUGAGCACGAGUUCGACCCACCUGGGCCUGAUGAUGAGCUGCCCGAAGGCGAGGACGUUGUAGCGGUAUCAGGACCAGCGAUUAGAACUCGCGAAAUCCUAGGGUCAAGCUUCCGGUUCACCAAGACGUUGAGCCUACCGUUCUUUGGAACUGGAGUGGUAGAUCUACCGCCAGGAGCGGAGAAGAAGGCCAAGAACUCACGCAAGAUGCACAUGACUUUUAUAGUGCAUACGGGGAGGGUCACUGUUACUGUCAACAAUACGGCCUUUUCGAUUGGCAAGGGUGGCAUGUGGUUUGUACCCAGAGGCAACUAUUACAGCAUUGCGAAUGAGGGCACCAAGUUGUCCAGAAUAUUCUUCGCUCAAGCUUGCGAAUAUAAAAGGCCCGAUGAAGAUGAGGAGGGCGCAGUGGCUGAAGACAGCUAAUUCAUCG